CAACAAAAACAGUGAUCUUAUCGUCCAAGAGAGAAGCAAGGAUCAACUAACGGGUUAGUAGCAAAGAAAACCGAGUGCUGUGUCUUAGCUUUCUUUCGCUUCGCCUUGCUGAGAUUGCAGUGCUCUCUCACCUUUCAGAUUAGGGUUCGGUCUUCUUUAGUUAAAUUCGCAGAUCUAUUGGGUUUCUAAAGUUCGCGAUGGCUUCCCCUACUCAUUUCGACGAUGACUUUGAUUUUGGAGGCGGUUUUGGCGGAACGCAUUCAGGUAAUAAGAGGUCCUCUCCUGACUAUGACGAUGAAGAUUACGACAAUGAUCCUUUUGGACAGAAGAAGGCGAAAUCAAAAGCUGAAGAAGCUGCUUCUGGUGUGACAACGGGAAUGAUUUUGUCUCUUCGCGAGAGUCUUCAGAACUGUAAGGAUACGCUUGCUACAUGCCAGAAUGAACUUGAGGCUGCAAAAUCUGAGAUUCAAAAGUGGCACUCUUCAUUUCAAAAUGAACCUUUUAUACCUGCUGGGGCUACUCCAGCACCGAAACUGGUGAUUAAUUAUCUUCAAGCUCUGAAAUCAUCUGAAGAGUCUUUAAGAGAGCAGCUUGAAAAAGCAAAGAAAAAGGAGGCUGCAUUCAUUGUCACAUUUGCAAAACGGGAACAAGAAAUAGCAGAGUUGAAGUCUGCUGUACGGGACCUGAAAGCUCAACUCAAGCCAGCAUCAAUGCAGGCAAGGAGGUUGUUACUAGAUCCAGCAGUUCACGAAGAGUUCACACGGCUUAAGAAUUUAGUUGAGGAAAAGGAUAAAAAGGUAAAGGAGUUGCAAGAUAACAUUGCUGCUGUAAAUUUUACACCCCAAAGCAAGAUGGGGAAGAUGCUGAUGGCUAAGUGUAGAACCCUACAGGAGGAAAACGAGGAGAUUGGGAAUCAAGCUUCUGAGGGCAAGAUGCAUGAAUUAGCUAUGAAACUUUCGUUGCAGAAAUACCAAAAUGCAGAACUAAGAAGUCAAUUUGAAGGGUUGCAGAAGCAUAUGGAUGGAUUGACAAAUGAUGUGGAAAGAUCCAAUGAAAUGGUGUUUAUGUUGCAAGAUAAAUUAGAAGAGAAGGAUCAGGAGAUCCAAAGACUGAAAGAUGAGUUGCAACGAAAAAGCGUCGUGGAGGACGGGAGAACAGAUCCAUCAUCUAAUAGGAAUGAAGAUGAAGCUACACCUACGGAAGAGGCUAACUGAUAUCUCUUUUGACUUGAAGGUUUUGUCAGAGACAGUUAAUUCUUUCUUUUGUAUUCACUAAUAGUUGUAUAUUGCGUUAAGUCCAAUUUAUAAUUCGAAAUUUUUCUUGGCGAAUGACAAUUUUAUAUACGCAAGAGGAAUGAUUUUCCUAUUGCGCCGCAGUC